CACUAUCAGUCAUUAGUCCAAAAUGAAGGUAGCCGUUUGCUUGUUCGCCCUUGUUGCCCUGGUAGCUUCGGCUCCACAGCCUAGGAAGGACUUCCAUGAACACUUCCAAGACUUCCUUGACUUGAUCAUGCAGGAGACAGGAGACCAGAUUGAGGAGCUGAUGACAGCGUACCGAGAGUUUGAUGACUUCAAUAAUGCGUUGAGCUACAUGCAGACGGCUGGCUUCAAGGAUAUCGUUCAGGAGAUGGAGUCGCUGCCUGAGUUCCAAGCUGUUGUUGGCUUCCUUGAGGCCGACAAUAUCGACAUUACCUUCUUCUUGGAUAUACUCGACAAAGUUGUCAACGCCAUCCCCAGCGCCCGCCGCACCCGCCAGGCCUCCGGAACCUCUCUAACCUCCUUCAUCCAAGACAGCAUCGCUCUCUUCCCCAAAGAGAAGCUGGAUGCCCUCUUCCAACAGAAGAAGGAGGAAGAUGAAGAGUUCAAGAGCGCUAUCGACAACCUCUUCUCUGACGAAUGGAGAGCCACCUUCUCCGCUCUGCUGGACACUCCUCAGUUCCAGCAGGAGGCAGAUACUCUGCUUGAGAAUGGCAUCGACCUCCGUGUUUUCGCCGACGAAAUUCUUGCCGUUUUUGGUCAGAACUAAUGUCACAAGCUAGACAGUUAUCUGGUGUAAAUACAUUUUUUUACACAUUAUAUUCAGUUUUAUUGUCUAAAUAACCUAUUUCCAUAACGUACCACUAGACUUCCUUCAUCAAGGAUAGAAUGACCCUCUUCCCUAAAGCGAAGCUGGACGCCCUCUUCCAACAGAAGAAGGAGGAAGAUGAAGAGUUCAAGAGCGCUAUCGACAACCUCUUCUCUGACGAAUGGAGAGCCACCUUUCUCCGCUCUGCUGGACACUCCUCAGUUCCAGCAGGAGGCAGAUACUCUGCUUGAGAAUGGCAUCGACCUCCGUGUUUUCGCUGACGAAGUUCUUGCCGUUUUUGGUCAGAACUAAUGUCACAAGCUAGACAGUAAUCUGGUGUAAAUACAUUUUUAACACAG